CCAGCUGAAGUCAGUUGCUCAGUUGUGUGUCAGAUAGCGUGCUGGAAUGAUCUGUGAAAGAUUUCUGAUCUAUAUGGUGGCUGGUGUGGUGCUUGGUGUAGCCAACGCCGAAGAUCUGGUCGUAGUUAAACGAUCCGAAUGGGGAGCCCGGCCGGCCACUGACGAUAUGAGACUUCUGGAAUUGCCGGCAGACCGUGUGGUGAUCGCCCACACGGCUAGCACGACCUGCAACGAUGAGACGAGCUGUAAGGAGCGGGUGCGCAACCUCCAGCGUUUCCAAAUGGUGACCGCACGCUUUGCGGACAUCGCUUAUCAUUAUCUAAUUGGCAAUGAUGGGCGUGUGUAUGAGGGAAGGAGUGCGACGAACCAAGGGGCUUUUGCAAUCGGUCACAAUGCUGGAAGUCUGGGCAUUGCUUUCAUAGGCUCCUUUAACGAGAAUGUGCCCACGGAUGAGGCACUGAAGGCUGCCCAGGACCUCAUUGCCGAAGCUGUGCGACUGGGACAACUCAAGGAGGAGUAUCAGCUGUAUGGUCAUCGUCAAUUGUCGCCCACUGUCAGUCCUGGUGAUGCUUUGUACGCCGUACUACAAAAAUGGCCCCACUGGCAGAGCACGUGAAGCAGAUAUCGGGAAGUCCAAAUUACUUGGCGUCUAUUAUAUACAGACAUAUGAACUAUCCGGUUUUUGAGACCCCUUCAACGUGAUUUUUGUGGUAUUAAUCGUCUUUUAAAUACGCUCACUUCAUUCUCGCAUCUGUACUUUCAAGAAUUCAUUUUUGUGGGUAUGAUCAAAUAAAAUCAUUUGAUAAAUUUUAAAAAAGGAA